AUGACCCUGACCCCAUCUCCAGGCUUGGAUGCCGAGGGCCGCGGCCCCGAGGGGCUGCUGCGGCGAUCGGGGUCGGGCUAUGAGGGCAGCACCAGCUGGAAGGCGGCCUUGGAGGACACCACCACACGUCUCCUGCUGGGGGCCAUUGCGGUCCUUCUGUUCGCCAUCCUGGUGGUGAUGAGCAUCUUGGCUUCCAAGGGCUGUAUCAAGUGCGAGGCGCCCUGCCCGGAGGACUGGCUGCUCUACGGAAGGAAAUGCUACUUCUUUUCUGAGGAGCCGAGGGACUGGAACACAGGCAGACAGUAUUGCCAUACUCACGAGGCCGCGCUGGCCGUGAUCCAGAGCCAGAAGGAGCUGGAGUUUAUGUUCAAGUUCACACGGAGGGAGCCCUGGAUUGGUCUGCGCAGAGUUGGGGACGAAUUCCACUGGGUCAACGGGGACCCAUUUGACCCGGACACAUUCCCCAUCUCAGGCCUGGGAGAGUGUGUCUUCGUGGAGCCCACCAGGCUGGUGUCAACGGAGUGUCUGAUGACCCGGCCCUGGGUGUGCAGCAAGAUGGCCUACACAUGAGGUGGGUCAGGCCAGAGGCGGCCCUCCAGCCAGGCUCCAAGACCGGCCUGCCCCCGCUCCUCUCCAAGGCGAAGCAGUGAGGAGGGUGCCCUGCGCCCCAGGCCCCUGUUCCAGGUCCCACAGCCCUGGUUCCUGGUCUCCUUGGCCCCAGGCAGGUCCUGUGGCUCAGCCUUCAAAUCCCACAUGCUCCGUAGUGUAGGCAUCCCCCAAACACACACACAUGCACACAUUCACACGCAUGCACAGGCAUGCACACAGUCCCUCCUCAAGGUCAGAGUCCACUCUCAGUCACCCCAAGGCCCUCCCUGGCCCUGCGCUGGAACACGUCCCCCCCCCCCCCCCCAUGCGGCCCUGGUGCUUGGAGGAAGGGUGGGCGCUGACACGGAUUGCAUCACUGUCUGCACGAUCAUUUCUCCCCUGGGUGCUGGGGAGGCAGGGAGGGCGGGCUUCCCGGCACGGGGCCCCCUCCACCACCCUCUUCGCCUGGCCCGGGGUUCUCAGGCAGGCCCCUGCUGUGUCUGGGGUGCGGUUGUGUUGGUCACUGAUGGAAUAAAGAGAUGACUGGUGUCCCGAGGAA